AUGGCGGAGAUCCCAUCAAGGCCCGCAUGCCGGCGUCCGCUCCUUCAGGUGUUGCUGAUUUUCCUGGCGCUUGGUCUCUUUCGGGGCGUCGGCUUUGUUGAACUCCCCCUGUGGCCAAGCGCGCGGACAGACCGGACUCUUCACCCCCUCCCUGCGGUACGGCGUGCUGCGCUUCCCAUCAUCGGCGACACGAUGCAGCUCCUGAACCCGAAGACAAUGGCAAGCUACCAAGUGGACAGCCGCAGUAAGUUUGGGCCCGUUUGGCAGACCUCCGUCCUUUUCAAGAAGGCAGUCGUGGUCACGGGAGCCCGCGAACUGGCAGAGGCCAUGCGCCAGGAGAGCCGACCGAAAGCCACGAAGGCCUUCUUCCCUCCCCAUCACCAGAAGCUUUUCGGCCCGCAGUCGCUGCUCAUGCAGUCGGGCCCUCCGCACACCAAGCUCAGGCGCCUCAUUCAGGCAGCGAUGAUCCCGAAGGCUGUCUCAAGCUAUCAAGAGAACAUCGAUGAAGGUGUGAAGGAAUUCCUCUCCAAGGUCAAGAGCCAGACUGGGCAGUUCUCCAUGGUGGAGACGCUUCGAUCCGCCGUCGUGACGACGAUGCUCAAGAUCUUAUUCGGCACCCAGGCGAGCAGCUCGGACAUCACCAGUUUGAUCAAGGAUGUGUCGAUUUGGUCCACUGGCCUGCUGUCGCCUCCUCUGACCUUCAUCCCUUGGUCCAAUGCGGCGCGCGCCCUGCGCGCCAGAGCCAGGGUGGCCGACGUGAUUCGAGGCUGGCUCAAGUCUUGCGGCGAAGAAGACGGCACACUGCUCUCCAGGCUGGUCUACGCACAGGACGAGGACGGAGCGUCCUUGACCGAGCAGGAGAUCAUCGACAACGUGUUCACGCUGGUCUUCGCAGCGACAGACACCACAGCAAGCAUCUUUGACGCAGUUUGGACCAUGCCCUCCGGAUUUCAAUAA